AUGAGCGACGGAAUUGUCGGUGCUAUCGCAAUAAGUUUAUUCGGUACGAGUUCAAGUGGCGGCGAGAAGAAGAAGCGAGGACACGAGACCAUGGAUUCGGAAUAUGCGAUGCUUGGUGGUGAUCUUGACGUCUGCAGGAUGUUUGACCAGUAUUCAUACAAGGUCAGAGUUUGGAUUUUUUAUCAGAGCUCUGUAGGAUAA